AUGCAAUCUGAAAGAGUGGACAGUGCUAAGCAUUUUGUUGAUCCUUUUCUUCCUGAACCUGCUCACUUGGUGAAGUAUCUCGCAUACGGUGCCGACUAUCUUCAGUUGAAGACCCUCACAUGUGCUACUUACCGCUCUGUAUUUCUUGAUACGUACGCCAAAACAACUUUCCUCACCCAGGAUCCCAUGUAUCCCAAGAGCUUCGAAUUCUACUUUGACAUUGACAUUGGCGUUGGCUGCAGGCGUUUCCGCCGACAAAAUUCUUAUAUGUAG